CCCAGGACUUCGGAAAACUCUUCGGUCGAUCGCGCAAAGAACUUGGCCGGAGACAAGGAGGGCGACCCUUCCUUGCUCUGCUCCGGGGAGAGAAAGCGCAGAGUGGUCCAGAAGAGCUGACCUGAUCUCCGGGUGACUUCCUCGCAGAGGCUGAGGAGGAGGAAAACUCUUCUGCACCUCGAGACUCCAAGGAAACGGAGAGGAUGCGUCCUCUGGGGCUACCAGGCUGUGCUUUCCUCCUUUGGUUGGCACUGCUGUGCCCCUGGGCAUCACAAAGCCAGCAAGCUCCGGAAUGUCAUUCUGCUGGUCAUCAGAUCCUUCAUAGUCCGUAUCGGAGUACCGAAUUUGAUUCAUCACAACUUCAGCAAUCAGCUAUUCAGGAUCUAAUAUGUGACCAUUCAUUGACUCCAGGAUGGUAUCGCUUCCUAAUUUUUGAUAAACAGGCUGAAAUGCCAACCAAGUGCGUGGAGAUGAAUCGCUGUGGAACACAGGCCCCGAUCUGGUUGUCUCUCGGAGAGUCUGAAUCUCUGCCUCGGCCUGGUGAGAUGAAACACUUAACAGCCUGUGCAACUUGGCAGUUUUUCUUCAGUGCCACAAAGAACUGCUGCCUCUUUCGAAUUCCUAUUAGUGUCAGAAACUGUGGCGAUUUCUUAAUAUACUUUCUCCAGCCCACGCAAGGGUGCAUGGGAUAUUGUGCUGAAGUUAUUUCAGAUGCAAAUCAGCACUCCUGCCAGACUGAAAAUACAGAAACUGGAAACAUUUGUAACAUUAAAUUGCCUCCCUCACUGUUUCCACUUCCUUUGCCACCCGCUCCAAGCACACCGGACAUUGUGGCAGAGUUGCAGGAUGGCAGCAUUUUCUUAAGAUGCACCUUUGAUGUUCCUACUGCAAACAUCUCCAUGGGCUUUCUUGUGGCUUGGUCCAGACUGUCUCCUGAAGGCAUCAAAGAAGAACUGAAACAGGAGACAACAGUUCGGGAAUUCUCGCUUUUAGAACUGGAUGGGAUAAACCUCAGACUGGGAGACAGGAUUUAUUGCAGCAGUUCUACCUUUUCCUUAGAAAGACCAGAGCUGCAAAGUUCUCUCAUUGACAGUAUGGAAUUUUUUGCAGGAAUUAAGCUUCAUCCUGAGGCAUUUAUUAUAUCAGAAGAUGGGAAGGAGUAUAAGCUAACAAUAGAGAGCAAAAUUCCCAUUCCUUGUCCUCAAGCUAGUCAACUGGAAAAUGACUGUAAAAUCUCAUUAAAAUUGAAGACGGUCGAAGAAGAUAAAGAUCUGGAGGUCUUAAAUGUGGUUCUGUCUUCAUGCCAUAUGGAUCUUCUGCAACAAUCCUGUCUCAAUGGAACAUGUAGCCAGGCCAGCAUCCAUUAUACUGCUGUGAUUGAUUUCACUCGAGAUGGCAUCAGAAGAACCAAGAUUGUGGUGGAACCUAUCAUCAGUGACAAUUUUGUAUGGAAUGGCUAUACGCCAGAAAGCAUUCAGGUUACUGUGAAGGACCUUCCCUGUUCAUACUGCUAUUCUUUUACUGACCCACAUAUAAUUACCUUUGAUGGCAGGAUGUAUGACAAUUUUAAAACAGGAACAUUUGUACUUUACAGAAGUACUUCCCGUGAUUUUGAAGUCCAUGUUCGCCAGUGGGACUGUGGAAGCCUUUAUUACCCAGCAUCAUGUAAUUGUGGGUUUGUUGCCAGAGAAGGGGCUGAUACUGUAGCAUUUGACAUGUGCAAUGGCCAGCUGCAUGAUUCACAGCCACACUUAUCUGUAAAAAGCAGAGACCCGGCAGACAGCAAUGUCAGGAUCACUGAAUCAUAUUUAGGAAGAAAAGUCACGGUUUUAUUUUCCUCUGGAGCUUUUAUUCGAGCUGAUGUGAGUGAAUGGGGAAUGAGUCUAACUCUCAGAGCCCCCAGUUCUGACUACAAAAACACGUUAGGACUUUGUGGAACAUUUGAUGGCGUUGCAGAGAAUGAUUACCAUGAUGUGUAUGGAAGAGAAAUCGAUAGAAGAGUGGAUGCUCAUCUGUCUUUUAUUAGUGAGUGGAGGGUUUUGCCAGGGGAGAGCUUCUUUGACAAAGCCCCAGCUCCUUCAACUGCUGCCAAGAAAGCACUUUUCUGUAGCUGUAGUGCUGUUAAACUGAGAGCAGACCAGCCAACAAAUAAACUGAAUCCUGUUUCCGAAGCAGGGUUGCCUUUAUCUUGCAAAAAAAGUGAGAAGAAUGUCUGGUUCCCUUCUUUGAUUCCAGAACUGGAUGUUACCGUUGAGUAUAUUAGUUCAGCUGAUCAUAUCAGGGGCUUAAGGAAACGUGCAGCUGUUCUCAGAGAGGCCUCUCUUGCUGUUCCCUCCAAAAAGGGGCACUCUUUUAAUCAAACAACUCUUCAGAAAGCACCUCCAUCACCCAUGGUUAACUCUCCAAACUCAAAGGCAGGCUUUGCAACACAUAAACCGCCUCUUGGGAGCUUAAUGGCUCACAGAUAUGCUAGCAUUUAUGAUAACCAGCAGCACCGUGCAAAAGAGCGUACAAAGCGCCAGCAAUACUAUGAGUACCUUUCUGUAUUUCCAUCCCAGAGUUUAAGCCAAGCAGAUCUGGACGGCCUAAGCUAUUUCUUUCCAGAGGAUCACACAACUGACACACAUCAGGACUUCUUGGCUUCAUGGCCUACACCUUCUGGACUCACUGAGUCUGAUGUACAGGAUCUGUGUUGGCAGACAAUAGCCAAUUCCAGCAUAGUCACAGCUUGUAAAGCUUUUCUCAGCCAACGGAUGGAGGAUGCAGUUCUGAUGUGCGUCAAGGAUCUACAAUUGAAGGAUGAUCUCAGCUGGGCAAAGAACACUUUGGCGCUGCUAGAAAAUGAAUGUGAAAAAAGAAUUUUGGAAGAAAUGAAUGAUCCCACUGAAGAAAAUGAGGGAUUAAUGGAGAAUGCAAUCAUAGCACUGAAAUGCCCCAACUUUUGCAGCGGGAGAGGUCAUUGUCUUGAAUGGGGCUGUGCUUGUUUUCUAGGCUUCAAUUCUUAUGACUGCAGUGCGUCAUCUGAUCAGAUUCCAGAAAUUGUAGAGCUGAAUCAUGAAGGGUUAUGUGAUGUCCGACAGCACGACUGCACAACCGUAAGAGCUUUUGGACAUGGAUUCACAGAGACAUCAAGCCUCAGAUGUGAACUUAACAAGCUGCAGUACAGUGAUAACAAAUGGGUGCUUGGGGAAUCUUUAUUCACCCACACAACUUUCCACAACACCAGGACUGUUGAUUGCCAACUACCCACCGAAGGAGACCAGUCUGCUCCUGUACACGUGGCAGAUGGCCAUCCCAUCGCUAGAUGGCAAAUCAAGAUUUCUAAUGAUGGUCUUACUUAUAGCAACCCUAAAACAGUGACUUUGUUUGAUGGAGCUUGUCAGAUAUGUGAUCCACAAUCGAAUGGUUUAUGCAUAUUAAAGGAGAAAACUUGCAACAUAGAUGGUCUUUGCUAUGGUGAAGGUGAUAUAAAUCCUACCAGUCCCUGCUUGCUUUGCAGACCUGAAUUAUCAAGGUUAAUGUGGUCCAUUUCUGAAAACAACCAGUCACCUAUAUUCCAAAACUUACAAGAAAAACUGCAAGCAUUUUAUGGAGAGCAUUUUGUAUAUCGGUUCACAGCCAUGGAUCCAGAAGGCUCUGCUGUUUCCUUUUCAUUUGAUUCUGGCCCUCCAGGUGCCAGUCUUUCCCCUGCUGGACUCCUCAUCUGGAAGGCAUUAUCAGAAAAUGCUGAGAAAUUUGCUUUUUCUGUAACCGAUGACUGCAGUGCUGAAACCAAAGUAAUAAUAGAGGUCAACGUGAAACCAUGCAACUGCUUAAAUGGUGGGUCUUGUGUGACAAAUACCAAUUUCCCCCCUGGAAGUGGGAAAUAUUUCUGCGUCUGUUUGCCGGGAUUUGAAGGUAGAUAUUGUCAAGAAGAUAUUGAUGAAUGCAAAUCCACACCCUGCUUCACUGGAGUAGCUUGCUUUAAUACUGUGGAGUCCUAUACUUGUGGCCCAUGUCCAGAAGGCCUGUAUGGUGAUGGGAAGAUCUGCCAAGUUGGAAUAAAAUCAACAAGUACAACCCCAUUUCAUCCUUGGACAUUAGGAGACGCAUAUAGCCAAAAAGAGGACCCCUUUGAUAGAACGGAAAUAAAAGUGGGGGAAAGUAGUGCUGAUCAAGUAAACAGAACUGCUGGUGCUCACACUGGUGAAAAUGUCUCUGGUUUUGUGCAACGCUCAGCAGCCCAGGCUCCAAACAUUACUGAGCUUCCUCCUAAUCCAACAGAUGUUCCCAAAAGUUUUGUUCCCACAGAAAGAGCCAACAGCAUUCCACUAAUGUCUGCAGCAAAAACAACUAUAUCUUCAGAUGUAUUUCUUUCACAGAGAGCAGGUUUUAGAAGGACUGUCAAGAAUAAAUACCCUAAUUAUGCAUUUGGUAUCAGUACCACAAAUGUUCAUUCUGGCAAUGCAAGGGAAGACGUACCAAUAAACUCUACAUCUGACACAUUGUUUAGGAAAAACGCAGUCUUCGUUGAGAAGACAACAAAGAUACAAGAUCACUCAAACUAUUCACCACUUGAGGAUGGCAUCACAUUGAGCAGCAGAGCUAACAUGAUCAAUGGCACAUGGUUCUCAAAGAAAGAGCUGGGGGAAAGAAAUAACCACAAAUUUCAAAGUCCCUCCAAUAGGCACAAAGAUAAUUCUGUACCAUCCACCUUUGAGAGACAUGCUAUGUACCCUAAAGAUACAGGCACAAAUAAAAAAACAUUCUCAUCAGCCAUGCCACGACUCUUAACCUGUGCAGAUUCACCCUGUUUUCCUGGAGUUCCUUGCAAACCAAGUGAAAAAGGGAGCUUCAAAUGUGGUCGUUGUCCUUUUGGUUAUUAUGGAGAUGGUGUCAUUUGUAGAGCCAUAUGCAGGCACACAUGUGGUCAAAACAUGGAAUGUGUAGCACCAAAUACAUGCAGAUGUAAGCUUGGUUAUUCUGGUCUUAGUUGUCAGGCAGCUUUGUGUCGACCAGAAUGCAAAAACCAUGGGAAGUGCAUCAAGCCUAAUGUAUGUGAAUGUCUUCCUGGGUUCAGUGGUUCCAUCUGUGAUGAAGCAUACUGUGACCCACCUUGCCUACAUGGAGGGACCUGUCUUUCUCGAAAUCUCUGUACAUGCUCCUAUGGAUUUGUUGGUCCACGCUGUGAAACAAUGGUUUGCAACAGGCACUGUGAAAAUGGGGGUCAGUGUCUUACUCCAGAUGUCUGCCAGUGUAGAGUUGGCUGGAAUGGACCUACCUGUAGCACAGCUGUGUGUGAUCCAGUGUGUCUCAAUGGUGGGUCAUGUAUUAAACCAAAUACAUGUCUUUGCCCAUAUGGAUUUUUUGGUGCCUAUUGUCAAAAUGCCGUCUGCAACCCCCCUUGUAAGAAUGGUGGUCAUUGCAUGAGAAAUAAUGUUUGCACUUGCCCUGAAGGAUAUAUUGGCAGAAGAUGUGAAAAAAGUAUCUGUGACCCUGUGUGCAUGAAUGAAGGGAGAUGUGUGGGUCCAAAUGUUUGUUCUUGCCCUUCUGGCUGGAGAGGCAAACGAUGCAACACCCCUAUAUGUCUUCAGAAAUGCAAGAAUGGGGGUGAAUGCAUUGGACCAAGUACAUGCCAUUGUUGUCCAGGAUGGGAGGGAGUUCAAUGUCAAACACCUGUGUGCAACCGGAAGUGUCUCUACGGAGGCAUAUGUAUACUGCCAAAUGUGUGCUCUUGUCGUCCUGGCUACAGCGGAGUCAUCUGUGGGGAAAAAAAUCAGGUGCAACGUGUUUGAAGAAGAAAUUUCCCUGAAUUCCACAUUUACUGAACAUGGACUACAGGAUUCUUGGAUAUGAAAAAGUUCUUGCAAGGCACUGUUUCAUAAAAAGACUCAACCCUUUCUUCCAUAGGCAGAUUGUUGACAUACUGUAAAUAGAGAUGAAAUCCUGUUUAGAUGGUCUAGCUAGCUGGAGUGGGAAUGGAGAGAUGUAAUAUUACUUCGAGCUGCCUAGCCAUUCAUAUUGACUUUUAAAAAUUCUCACCUCUAAGCAUCCCAUUGCCCCCAUUCUUGCAUAGGCCAUGAGCAAAGUGUAACUUUGCAGGUGGUAUAUGGCUCCCCCAGGACUCCCACUGAAGCCCCUCAUAAAUACCCAUUAAACAUUUUUGCCCCAAAAUCACCCCAACCCAAAACUUUUAUAGUGUUAGCAGGGGUCUGGUGGAGAUUAAGUCCUCCAAGAUAAAGAGAAAUGGCUUCCCAUGAACCUCAACAUUUGCCAACCCUUACAUUACACCAAAGCUGCUUAAAUUAUGAGUCACAACCCCAUUUGAAGUCCCUUAACUCAAUGUGGGGUUCACAAAAUAUUUGUGUAGCUUUUCACCUAGUGGCUGUUUUAGACAUUUGCAUCAAUCUCUUAGCAACAAUGUGCCGCAAAUACUUCAGCUGUACUUCAUAAGAAAGGAAAAUCAACAUGUCCCUUUUUUUUAGCAAGCCCUGCAAAUGCUGAUUUUGCUUGAUGGCUAUUUUAUCUAUAUACCUAGGGUGAUAUAAAAAAUUCUUGUGUGAAAGUAGAAAAGGUUUAAGAGACCCUGCACUAGACUAUGAGCCAUUUACGUUGUGUUCAGUUUCAGGAUGAGUAUCCUUUGUCCAAAAUGCUUGGGUUCAGAAGUAUUCCGUAUUUUUGAUCCCCUCCAAAUACUUGCAUAUGCAUAAAUAGAUAUUUUGAGAUGAGGCCCGUCUAAACAUGAAAUUCAUUUGUGUCGUGUAUGCCUUUUAUCCAGAAAGUAAUUUUAUACAAAACAUUUUUAAUAAUUUUGUGCAUGAAACAAAUAAGAACAAGAAUAAUUUUUAUUUAUAUCUUGCCCCAUCUUCCCAAAAAGACUUGGGGUGGCUUACAACAUGAAUAAAUGCAAUAAAUAAUAUAUACAAAGUAAAUAACAAAUCAGUAUAAAAGGGAAAACAAAAUAAAACAAAAUAGACAAUAAACAGUAUAAAAACAUUAGAUUAAAAUACAGUGGUUCCAAUAAAUUAAAUAAAAGCCAAAAUAUCAGAAUGGGCGUAUAUCCAUAGAAUGUUGAAACAAAGACCUCAUCUACAUUGAAAGAUAUUAACCUAACAAAGUUUAUGUACAUUGAAAAGUUUACUAUAUCAGCCACAUAUGUAGAUACUUCUAGAUUAUUUUGGAUUUCAGAAUUCCAGAUGAGGGAUACUUAAGCCAUAUAAUACUGUGAUUCCAACUUUUCUGUCUAUGGAAUCUUGGAAUCUGGAGUUUAGGGAAGUGCAUAUAGAAUUUUGAUCCAGGGAGCACUGGUGCAUCACAAAACUAUAAAUCCCAUUGUUUCAUAUGAUAUUGCCAUGGCAGUUAAAGUGGAAUUAUAACACUGACAACUGUAUAUUGUGAAUUGGUUCCAUAUCCCACUGUUUAUUUGUUGAAGAAAACCAAUGGGACUGAGUAGAGGUGGGCUAUGAAUAUUUUCAGGUGGGGUCAGGACAAGCCCUGAAUUACUAUGAAUGAGAAAUAAGUAGUAGUGAGCUCAGCACAGCAACAUGGUACCCUAUGCAAGACGUGACUGGUGGAGAACAGCCCCUCCAUGUCAUCUGUGUACUGAUUUCUGCUAUGAUUUGUUGAAGAAAAAUAUUUUUAUGAUACGUCUUAGUGUAACUAAAUGGCCACUGUGAUCACUUCCAACUUUAUAAUUCUGUGAUUUGAAUAUGUAGGAAAUUGCCCCUGCUGCCAGGGCGAUUCUGGGAAUUAACAGUAAAACAACAACACAUUUCCAAUCUCUGAUUACUAUACCACUUUGCUUUUUUUGUUGUCCUUGCUACCUCACCUCUAGAAACCACAGUUAGUAAUUGCAGUAAUAAACUUUUGAUCAAGGCAAUCCAUAUUUGUAGAACAGCUGGGGAAGCUUGCUUUAGAAACAGACCUGUAUAGAUCUUGCUUGGGAUCCUAUCUUAAAAGAUGUGAGGUGCCUAUAAUACUACCUGCUUGGAUUGUGUAGGAUCUAUUCUUCCACAUGAAUUAUUUAAAAAAAGACGUUCAGAAAUCAUAUAAAGUUGGAAGUCAAUUAAGCAGUUAUUUAGAUGUAAUAUGCCAGCAUCAUAUAUUUUCUCCAUACUCUGAAAGCCAGGUGAAUUCCAUGUAUUUUACUUGUGAGUUUUUUUCCCUCCAAAACUGCAGUGUUCAAAUUAUAAUGAAAAUGAUUUUGUUUAUGA